UGCCAGUUAAUAUCCUGUUCCGGUUUGUCGUGAUGUGGAACUGAUCUCUUCUUCAUCAAGUAAUUAUUUAUAUAAUUUUGGUCACGGAGAUUUUGGUGGUGACAGAUUAGCCCCAAUAUGUCGGCUUCCGCCAUCUAUCUCCUUGAUGUCAAGGGCAAGGUUCUCAUCAGUCGUAACUAUCGUGGUGACAUCGACAUGUCUGUUAUAGACAAGUUCAUGACCCUGGUGAUGGAUCGGGAAGAGGAAGGCAACGUGUCCCCCAUCAUCCAGCAUGACACCAUUGCCUACAUCUUCAUCAAGUACAACAACCUCUACUUGGUAGCAACAUCAAAGAAAAAUUCCAACGUUGCUCUCAUUUUUUCUUUUCUCCACAAACUCGUUCAGAUUUUUGUGGAAUAUUUUAAAGAGUUGGAAGAAGAAAGCAUACGAGACAAUUUCGUAGUGAUCUAUGAACUGCUUGAUGAAGUGAUGGACUUUGGUUAUCCCCAAACUACAGACCAUAAAAUUCUACAAGAAUAUAUCACUCAAGAAGGACACAAACUGGAAAUUGCACCUCGCCCUCCAAUGGCCGUCACUAAUGCAGUGUCAUGGAGAUCAGAUGGCGUAAAGUAUCGCAAGAAUGAAGUAUUCCUGGAUGUAAUUGAGUCAGUUAAUUUAAUGGUUAGUGCCAAUGGAAAUGUCUUGCGCAGUGAAAUAGUGGGAUCUGUCAAAAUGCGGGUUUUCCUGUCAGGAAUGCCAGAACUCCGGCUUGGACUCAAUGAUAAAGUUCUCUUUGAAAGCACUGGUCGAGGAAAAAGUAAGUCUGUGGAACUAGAGGAUGUUAAGUUUCAUCAGUGCGUCCGUUUGUCACGUUUUGAGAAUGAUCGGACCAUUUCCUUUAUCCCACCUGACGGGGAGUUUGAACUGAUGUCAUACAGACUUAAUACUCAUGUGAAACCUUUGAUCUGGGUAGAAUCCGUCAUAGAGAGACAUGCUCACAGCAGGGUGGAAUACAUGAUCAAGGCAAAAAGUCAGUUCAAACGUCGAUCAACAGCGAACAAUGUGGAGAUUAUUAUCCCAGUCCCUGCUGAUGCAGACUCUCCCAAAUUCAAGACAUCCGUGGGGAGCUGUCGCUACUCUCCUGAGGUCAGCAGUGUCAUAUGGAGCAUCAAGUCUUUUCCAGGUGGAAAAGAAUAUUUGAUGCGAGCUCACUUCGGUUUGCCCAGUGUGAUGAGUGAAGAUCUGGAAGGACGGCCACCUAUUCAAGUGAAAUUUGAAAUUCCAUAUUUUACGGUAUCAGGAAUACAGGUCCGCUACUUGAAAAUCAUUGAAAAAAGUGGCUAUCAAGCUUUACCAUGGGUGAGAUACAUCACACAGAACGGAGACUACCAGCUACGGACACAGUAGUUGCUUUACAUUCAUCAAAGGGACACUACCACUAUCCUUAGUGGCUCUAUAUUUAUAACACAAGAUGGAAUGAGUCAAUUUUUGACAAGUGUGUUUACAAACAUAACAAAGAAGAGUGUCUGUAAACGGAAUAGGAGUUAUCUGCAGUCUUGUACACCUGAUACCUGGGUAGAUUGUUAAUAUAAUACAGAAUUCUAUGGCCAUAUUUUAAAAUCUAUACUGUGUCAUAGAUCACUCAGCAAACUAAUUAAUAUUGGUUUAGUGGUUUCAUGAAAAUCCCAAAACCAUAUUCAACAUAACACAGGUUUGAAUAAAAAAUAUUCAGGAUUUUAAACUUGACAAUUUUGGUAAAUAUUUCAGAAUUGCCAAGUCAUUUAUAUGAAUAAUUUCUUUGGGCACCUGGGACUUCAUACUCCAUUUGAGUCAUAGUGGUAUUUUACAAUAUAAAUUUUUUGGAAACUUGCAGCGCUUGCAAGUUUUUUUGUUUUUUUUAAUUCUUGAUCAGAUGAUUAAAUUGUCUUGGUGUAUUUUGAAUUACUGUUAUGAACAAUAUGUAUGUUGUGCGCAGAUUUAUUUUGUGCGUCAUUAUAUUAUUUAUUUCAAAUUGUUGAUUAUAAUUGUUAUAAAUUUGUAUUAUUCACAGUAAAAA